ACUCUAAUUAAUGCUCACCAAAGACAUCGGCAGCAUGUCGUUUGUGUCCGCUCGCGAGUUGGAGGCUGCUCGCGAGCAGAGGAAGAAAGAUGUGAAGGAAAUGCGAGAUGAGGCUCUCCGAGAAGCGAGGGAAAGCUUCGAGAAGCAGAGGAAGCGGGAGGAACUGAAACGAGCCCGUGGCGAAGACACCUGGAUUGUCCCUGCCGUGAGAACACGCCUGGGGUUCAAGGGAGAGACGGGUCACUCCUCCGAGAAGAAGAAACGUAAAAAGAAGAAAGAGAAAAAGCACAAGAAGGACCGCUCGAAAACGGAAAAGAGCCAGAACGAAAGUGAAAGUGACAGUGGAGCAGAGAGUGAAGGAGAGAUGUGGAUUGAGAAGGGGACCACCUCGGCUCCAUCUGUAACUGAAACUGAAAACCCCAGUUCAGGAGGAGUGGUGGGUGCUACUGAGGCCCCGGGUCCAGCAAAACUAAAGAGAGAAGACUGGAUGACGAUGCCUCUGGGGGCCUCCGACAGAACCCUCUCUCUCCUCGCAGAGAGGCAGAGAGGGACGGAGGAGGAGCGACAGAAGCAGAGGGAGAAGGAGAGAGAGACCAACUAUCUAGACAAGCCUGGACACCACCCAAGGGAACUAAAUCCUUUCUGGAAGGACGGCGGGAAAGGCCUCCCUUCAACCAGCGAUGAAACCAUUGCUCCCGAUUCAAACCACGCUCGGGACACUACUUCGUCGUCUCGGCGGCCCAAGAGACCACUCGGUGACGGUGGACACAGCUGGCUGUUGAGAGCGUACAAACGAGCUAUAGAGCAAGCCAGUGACAGUGGCCACACCGUGGAAGAGAUUGCCGUCGAACGCUGGGGGUCGCUGGAGAAACUCUACUCACUGCUGAACGCAGCAGGGGAUUGA